AAAAAUCCGGUCUUUGCCUCCUGCGCUUCUUUUUCUUCCCUUCUUCUUCGAUUCUGAGGGGUGAUCGGCUUCUUUUGUGGGAGAUCCCUCUCGUGGUGUCGCGCGCCGGCGUUGCCAUCGUAAAGAUUGGGCGAACAUGAACCGCUGCGCGAUGCAACAGAACCCUUUCGCCGCCUACGAAGAGAUGAGGACCGCUUUCGCCGCCGCGGAAAGGAAGCCCCCUGUCUUCUGCCCGAAGCCCCGGCGGCUCAGCCCGCCCGCUGGCGUCGCCGAUCCGAUCUGGCCCCUCCGUUGGCACUCGAGUCGUCAAGCAGAUUUCUCCGAUUCGAACGCCGUGGCGGACCUUCUUGACAUCUUGCUCGCAAAGGAUGGUGAAGAACAGAACCGAGAGGCUUCUUCGCCGCCCUUCUUCUGCGGCUCGCCUCCAGACCGUGCGGCAAACCCGGUCGUCCAUGACGCCCGUUUCGGCGAGGACCGUCCGCCGCUGGCGCCGUUCGCCCCUGUGCAACCGACCCAGUCCGUCACGCCGAUGUCCCCCAAGCACGCCAAGUUCGGGCUCCUGCCGGCGGCCGUGCGGGUCGAGGGUUUUGAUUGCCUCGAUCGCGGCUGCAGCAGCAUCGCUGCUGUGGCCUGAACGCCCGCAUGCGCCUCCGAGCUUUCUUUUGGAGCGCGGUGAGAGGAAGAGUGAGAGGAAGGGAGAAUUGACAUCAACAAAUCAAAGAAACCAGCUGUAGGAGAAGAACAAGUUGGUAAUCUGGGAAUGCGUUUUGGCUCUCCAUGUAAACUGUACAUCUUACUAGUGGUGCACCAAUGUUGUGUACUAUUUGUGUGGGAGAAUUGUAUGUAGAUAUCAAAAUAAGGAAGAUAGAGAGUUAGGAGGAGGAGGAGAAGGAAAGCCAAGUUUUUUUGUGUUUUGUUUUGAUCCAUAUGGACGGUAAGAGGUUCUAUUUCAUCCUGUGCUGAAAUAUUCAUCAUCUUGUAUAGAACUCUUAGGAGGAAAUCCUCGAAUCAUGAAAUUGUGUAUCUAUUCAUCAUGUAUAAAAUUUUGUAUUCCUUUUCCUCUC